AUGGCGUCCCCAACAACGAACGUCGUGCUCCGGAAGAUCACGAUCAUUUCCUUCCCGCCCGCCUUCAUCAUCCUCCUCAUCCACGGCAUCAUCUCAAACUGCGCCUUUCCGGCCCUUGGCAUCCUCCCGAUCGUCUCAUCCGCGAUUCUCGGCCUCUUCAUCAUCCGCCGCGACGUCGUCGCCGCCCUCGGCUCCCCGAUCCAGGCCCUAUCGCCGUCCAACAUCUUCUUCGCCGACUUAUUCCUCGCCGGCUUCCAUUUCAUCUUCCUCCUCAUCAGCUGGGCCAUGAUUCGGGAUCCCUGGGACAGAGGCCAGGUCGUUCUGGGAACAUACGGCACGGUGCCGAUGAUGGUCAACACUGGCAUCCAUCUUUACAUCCUCAUUCCGCAGAUCGGUCAUUUGUUCGUCAACAGGACUUGCGACUGCCCGCACUGCCAGACCGUUACCAAGACGAGCUACUUCUCCUCCGGCGUGUCGGAGUACACGCCGCUCAGCGAUGGUGACACUGAGCCAGAAGUUGUUGAACGCGACCUCGAGGCUGGUCAUUGA